UGUUUUCCCGUUGCAACCCCUUUCCCAUAAAAAGUUCCGGCUGUGUAGCCUGGAGCAAAAUCCUGAGAAACGGCCGGAGCCAAAAGACGGGACCGUAAAGGGACUUUGACAAGUCUCUCUCUGCGGUGGGAAACAGCAGCGCGCUUGCUUCUUUAGCACCGCGAUAAAUCCUGGCUCUGCCCUAAGCCAGGAUCUGUGGAGAAGGCGAAAUAAAAGUAGAAACGCCUGUUGUUUUGCCAGGUGCUGGACACGUACGGCGGGUCAGAACUUUCAUGUGGGGAUGAAGCUGCUAAUCUGUAUAGCUCAGUCUUCUCUCUACAGGAAGUGGCCAACUGGAUGCCCAGUAAGGGCCCUUGAAAAAGAAUUAAAUAGCAGUGUGAACAUAAUGGAGGGUGCUUCCUUGAAGAUGUUUGGCUUUGAAUAUGAGAUCAAGUUUGUUGUACUUAAUUGCUUUAGAAACGCUGUUUCUGCCAGAAGGUUGUAACACAAAUCUGGUGAAACACAGUUGUUCUGACCAGUUACGUAUUGUUUGAAAAAUAAUGGUUUCUUUGUGUUUUCUAUGAACUUGCUCACAUAUUAUUUUGAAGUACAUUGAAGGACUCAGUACUUCAGAACCUUUAAAUUAGGUGUAAUCAAACUCUUCUUAGGAAGCCAAGUUUAACAAUAUAGGAAGAACGAGGAUGUAGCUACACCAAAGGCACUAGGAUUUUUUUAUGCUUCCUGUCUGCCAUAGGCCUCUUGAAUGUAUUGUUUUUCUUUUCUAAGCCUAGAUGACUCAGUAUAUAAAACACAGCAGUUUAUUCUUAGUAAGGUUUGUACCUGUAGGUCCAAACAAGGCUGAUCUUUUGUUGCCCUUCCAACAAGCUUGCUUCUGCAUUUUACUGGGUGUUGAGCUGAAGCAGGAUUACAUAUAUGAAGAAAAAUCAUCAGCUAUUAGGGUUAUCUUAUCAAGAGAUGCAUUUAAUAACUAAUUCCAGAAUUCAUUCAAGUCAAAGCUACUUUGUGUAUGGGAUGUGUAUUGUGUUUAAGGGUGUUAAAAUAAGUUUAACAUAUGUAUUAACGUAUACCCUGUAUCCAGAAGUAAACUUAAGCAUAUUUUCUAGAGUAGGUCUUCUCUCAUGCUUAGUGUUAGACUGCUUUGCAUGAGAAUAAAAGCUGUUUUUUAGAAAUGCUACAUAAUUUAAACUUUAACAUUUCAACAAUGUCCUAAAUUUAUCUUUUGUUUCAAAAGAUACAAUUUUAUCUUUUAGUGGCAAUGGAAUAUGUGUGUAUAUUUUGGCAUAACAUUGUUUUGUAUUUUUGAAAAAAGAAUUGGUGGGAACUGUAUGACAGGAAGUUUGCUUUAUUUCAGUCUGAGCAGAUUCUGUAUGUUCUGUGUGCUCUUAGUGACAUUCAGAAGUGCUAGCUUAACUUAAGCACAGCUGCUCAGUUUUAGUUAACAAUAGUACACUAAGACAUCAUCACUUUUUAAGUAUGUUUUUAUUUUUAUGAAAAUAUGCAAUUGCUUUUAAUGGACAAUGCCUUGAUCCAUACUGCCGUACUGCUGUGUAUGCGCUGUCACUUUGCACUCAUUGUAUAUUGCUUCCUGUUUGGUACACAGCUUCUGUACUUUGCAUUUCUAUUUUUGGUAAGCUGAAGUUUUGCACUUUAGUUUAGGAAUAGAGCAAACUCUACACACACAAACAAAAAUAAACAUUGACAGCUUUUAUUCUGGCAGCCUUCUAUUGAGCACAUAUAUAUGGAUGUAGGUUUCAUAGCUUUCCAUGAAAUGGAUUGCAGAGUAAGGUCCAUUUGAGGUGACUCAUCAGAUAUUUUGGGCUUAAAGUAGUGCAAGAAGGUUGACUAUAAAUUUUGUUCCUAUGUUGCUUAUUCUAGAAUAGUUCCUAAGUAUGUACCAAUCUAUAGCAUGGUGUUAGACUGAAUAAUGCUUGAUGCUUACUCAUUAGGGCCAUUAGUCUAGAAUUGGACUUCUGAGUUCCAUAGUAGCCUCUGAUGCACACAGUAGCUUAGUACCAGAGAGAGAGAGAGAAGGUUUGUUUUUCCUGACUAUGCAAGUUGUGUGUAUAUGGCAUUUCCUAAGAGGGGCACAGUGAUGUCAGUAGGAUUAUUUGAAUAUAAACUUGUACAUCUAUGGUGAAAGAUUAAUUAGUCAUGUAGGACUGGAUCCAGAUUUAAUUAUAUUGCAUCAGAUCCACUGAAAUAAAUUGGACUUACGUUAGUAUGGUUAAGUGUGGAUCCAGACCUUAUUACUUAAGGCACAAUUGUCAUAGGCACUGUGCAUAGCAGUAUGAGCAUCUCUUUCAAGCCCAGCCUCUCAGACAGUGUUGUCCACAGAGAUACCUGGUUGAAUGUGGGAACAUAGACUUGCUUGCUUGUGACCUGAACCAUACUCCUAGAGAUAGUCAUGAGCAAGAUUGACAUGGUAGCAACAGCUGGCUGCAAAUGUUCAUGUCCACAUAGAGACAGCCUUCUUACUCAGUGCUGAAUUGUGGGCCAUUUAAGACAAACUGUUAAAUGUAGUGAACGCGGGUCAAUAUGGAAAACAGUUCCCCUUGAGAUACCUGUCUUCCUUCUAGUUUGUGUCCCUCCAGAUGUUCUGCCCUGCAGCUCCCUCACCAUGGGCUGUGUUACACUUGCUCAUUCGUGUCCCAAGAGCUUCAAUUUGGAGACAUUCAUAGCAGGCAAGCACAUCUGAAACAAUAGCCCUUCACAUGCAUCUCUGGUCUAGCUCAUGCACUGAAGACUUUUAGAGGGAAGAUAGCUAUUUCAAGAUUUAAUGGGAUGUUUUAUAAUUUAUGUAAAUACACUGGUAAUUAGGCUUCACUAACCCCCCAGGACUUGCUUCUUCUGCCUGUUCUAUGUGAGAUUGCCCUUCUCAGGUGAUCUACAAACUUACAUGAUACAUAUACUGCCCUGCACCUGGUAGCUCAAAGUGACCAGUUUUUAUAUUGAACUCCUGCAUCAGCAGUCAGUUACUUGAAAGCGUAAAGGCAAGCCUGUAUACCUCUGUUACCAUCAGUCAUUGCAGAUGGCAAAGUACUGACAUAAUAUGAGAACACCAGCCAUUCCCAGCUGUCUAACUGCCCUUGCUUGAACUAAUGGAAAUUGCUGCACUGUCUUCAAAGACAACUCCAGGUAUAACACUUUGCUAUAAUCCUAAUGGCAGGUGAGCAGAACAGCAAUAAUGGUUGGGAUGCUCUCUCUGUCAAGGUAGGGUUGUACUUAAUACAUUAGCCUAAUCUGGUAAAGGCACUUUGGGCCACUGAAAAAACCUCUGACUGUCAUGACAAUGAUGGAUCUAGGAGCACAUGCAAGUGUUAAAUUUGUUCCUUUAAAGGGAGUGCAGUCCCCUCGGAAGCAGGUUGAACAUCACUUGAUUGAACAGAUGAAUCUCCUACAGAAAAUAUCUCUGUCGUGCCUGGAUUCUGCCUCAUUUAAUUGAUCCUUAUCUGAUCCAUUACCCUCCCAAAGCACUGACUCAGAACUUCAAGGACCUCACUAUAUUAGAUGAAAAAAUGAGGUAGAGCUCGGCUUCUCCACAGAAUAAAGCAGGUUUUGCUAUUGUGGCAUUUUCUUAUUCAGUAUCUGUAGAAUGCUGCUGGGAAUUUGGAGUUCCAGUUCAUCUAACAAGUCCGUGUUACUCUUGUUCAGUGUUAGAAUAAGGGUACCAGUUCUAAAACGGUGUCUGACAGCUAUUGUUGAGUAGCUGGUGAAGCUAUCUUCAGGUGCAACAGAAAUAAUUGGUCAGUACUUAGUGAAUAUAGGUUAUUUCCAGACCUAAGGGAAUGAAAGUGUCAGCUAGAAUGUUCUCUGCGGUUUAUACUUGGCCAGUAGUGUCUGCUGCUGGAUGGUAGUGUCUGCUACUAGCUUUAGUUAAUUUAUUAUGACAGAUGCUGGGCCAAAAUGCUUUUGCAAUUGUAAUUAAUUAAUUCAAUGUAUAUGCUGCCCCACUAGCCAUAGGCUUGGAACAUGAAUGCCUUUGUAAUAUCUAAGGUCAACUACUACAUUAUUGUCAACAUAUGGGUACUACUGGAAAAAAACUUAGACGGUCUAUCAGAAUGGUUCAUAGUGCUAGAAGGAGGGAACUGAUUUAGCUAAGGCCUGCAAUUUAAUGUCAUGGCACAGUUCAUUUAUAGUAUUUUGCAAAAGUGUAUGUGGGCUCUGCAUAACUACGCAGACAGUUGUUCUAGGUUAGUUCAACUGUAGCUGGAGUACAGCUUUGUACUUCUGUGUAAGAAAAAAACAGUGGAGGACCUUUGUGGAGCCAUUUUAUUUUAUUUUAUUUUAUUUUAUUUUAUUUUAUUUUAUUUUGAGAUGAUUUAUUGAAAUGGACUAGCCACAGAAACAUCCUGCACUCAUUCCAGAGGCAGUGUAAUGCUCAUAGUAGGAACAUCUUUAGAUAGUCUAAUACAUUAAAAUUCUUAAUUUGGAUUAUAGUUAAAAUGCUAAUGUCAUAAGUUUUUAUUUAAAAAAAACCGCUUUGAGUAUUUUGGAAAUAACUUGGAGUAUAGGAUCAAUUAGAAUAGUUGGCUCUAUGGUAAACCUUCACUUUCAGCCAAUGCCAGAUUUUUAAAAAAUUGUAAAUAUGUAGGCAAGGCCUUAUUUACCUUUUCAUCUAUGACUUUCACAUGGCAUUUUGUACACUUCUUGUAAAUGCAAAAUGACUAAGGAAUGAUACCUGCCAUGGCAGGAGCAAGCUCACCAACCAGUUGUGUCUGGCUGUGUAUGUGUGUGAAAGAGGGGUGGAUAUUGUGGAGUGACACUGGUUUUGUGCAGCUUUUAAUUGCUUGAGAAGCAGAUCAUAUAACCAUAGUGAAGCAUAUUUGCCAAGUAAAUUUAUUAUAAGCCAUGGCUUGUGGAUAUGGUGAAGCUUACUGCUGUAAAAUUCUCCUUCCAGCCUUUUUACACUGCCAGCUCAGCUCUUGCGUUCAGCUCUCCAUGUAGGCACCUACUUGUUCAGUUGCUCAGUGCUGUUGCGUGGGCACAACUGUGAGCUGCUUCCAUGGCAACCACCUUUUGCUGUUGACUGAUCUGCAAAUAGGUGCUUAAACUAUGCAGAUUUAUUCCAAUCUCAUAUGCAUUGGACAUCUAAAGUUAACUGAACUUCUGUCGUCUUCGUCACCAUCACCAUCACCACCUCACUGCACAGAAACAACCUUUUGGGCGGGUGAGCAUGUGGAGAUGCCUCUGUGAAGUGCGGUAUAACCUUUUGCUGUGUGGCCCCCCCCAAAAUGUUGGGGUGAAUAUGUAUUAAAUCUUUUAUAGCAAAAGUGUUGCCCUCUUAGCCAUGCUUCUAAUGUCCAUACAGGCAUGGAAAAGUCGUGUUUAUCCCUGUUGGCGUGUGUGUGUGUGACUGUGCAUUUGUAAUGGAUGGAAAUGGGGGAGAUUUAAAAUACACCCAAUGGUUAUUUUCUUAUCAAUAGCAAACUUUAUUACUUUAAGAACAUAUCAUGCAUUAUAUAUAACUUUGUACACAAGUCUACUGUUUACUUUAGUUAACAAGUUUCACCAUAUAAAUGUCUUCAGUUAAUUCAAACAAUGACUAAUAGUGGUAAAUAUGGAACAUCAAGCUGCUUCACCAUUAGUUGCCAAAUAUAUCCUGAUUUUUGACAGUUGAGAAAAUAAAGGUAGGGAGUGUUUAGAACAGAAGCUAUUAGCAUUGUAGUCCUGGAAAAGAUGGUGUCUCCAUGGUGUAUUUGUUCUUACAAAUACAGGGUUAAAGGGAGAACUUGUGUGUAUGUGGCUGCAGGAGAACCGGUCCUAGACGAGAGAGAACAGGAAGGAGUCAGGCCAAGGAUGAAUGUUUGAGCUGCAUCUAAAAGUGCCACUCUGGUUUUUCCUCCUUUCACGCACUACUGCUAUUUUUUCCUCUUAGGGACUCUCUUUGGCUUGUUAUUUGCUUUAGCAGUUGACUAACAGUUAUGAUUUGAUCUACUGAAGGACAUUUUGGGGAUGGGAAGUCAGGAAACCAGCUGCCUGUCAGCUGUAAGGUAGCUGGGGUAGGAAAGGAAGAGGCAAACACAGGAACAAUCGGCCAGCAACAACAACAAACUGUGAUGGGAGUGGAGCCCAAGCAACAAAGAGCAAUGUGGUUAGCCAGCUGCGGUUGCAUGCUGCCUAGUUGUAGGAGGCUGAGAUGAAGUCGAAUGUGUGGCCAAGAGAAGACAUGAUGUGGACCUGUGCUGAGAACAGCCCUGAGCAGAGGGCCUUCUCCGUGGUGGGAGAAAAAAUCCACCCCAGUCCAGGGAACAGUUGAGAACACGAGGAAAGCUGAUUCAGAACGUGGCUUGUUGUAUAAGGCUUCCCUCUACCUCGUGGAGGACUGUGGAGUGGCCCAUCAAAUGUUCAGUGGCAGUGCCUGAACAGCCUGGAUAUGAUGCCAAAAGUUCUCCAAAUGACUUUAUAGUUUGACCGAAUGUUUCUUCUGGAUAUUUAUUUCUCUCUACAAGAUUAAGUGCAAAGUCCAAAUCCUGCUUACUGGCAGAUAUUUUUAUUUUAAGAUCAUGGACCAUCCUAGCAGAGAGAAAGAUGAAAGGCGAGCAGGAAAGGGAAAUCCCGGAAGAAGUAUGCAUGGUUCCCGAGCAUCAAGUUCUACUUCAACAUCUGGUGUUCUUAUGGUAGGGCCCAAUUUCAGAGUUGGCAAGAAGAUAGGCUGUGGAAAUUUUGGAGAGCUCAGACUAGGCAAAAAUCUUUACACAAAUGAAUAUGUAGCAAUUAAACUGGAGCCAUUAAAAUCCCGUGCCCCACAGCUGCAUUUAGAGUAUAGGUUUUAUAAACAUAUUGGCUGUACAGUUGAAGGCUUCCCACAAGUGUAUUACUAUGGGCCAUGUGGAAAGUACAAUGCCAUGGUACUUGAACUCCUUGGUCCAAGCUUGGAGGAUCUGUUUGACCUCUGCGAUAGAACAUUCACUCUGAAAACUGUCUUAAUGAUAGCAAUCCAGCUGAUCAGUCGAAUGGAAUUUGUGCAUUCAAAAAAUCUCAUUUAUAGAGAUGUUAAGCCAGAAAACUUCCUGAUUGGCCGCCAAGGAAAUAAAAAAGAACAUGUCAUUCACAUAAUAGACUUUGGACUGGCCAAGGAGUACAUUGAUCCUGAAACACAAAAGCAUAUACCAUACAGGGAACACAAAAGUCUAACUGGAACAGCAAGAUACAUGUCCAUCAACACACAUCUUGGCAAAGAGCAAAGUCGUCGGGAUGACUUGGAAGCCCUUGGACAUAUGUUCAUGUAUUUCCUUCGAGGCAGUUUACCAUGGCAAGGCCUUAAGGCUGAUACACUAAAAGAAAGAUACCAGAAGAUUGGGGACACAAAGAGGAACACUCCAAUUGAUGUUCUCUGUGAGAACUUCCCAGAGGAGAUGGCUGCUUAUCUUCGUUAUGUCAGACGAUUAGACUUCUUUGAGAGACCAGACUAUGAUUACCUACGGACAAUCUUCACAGAGUUAUUUGAAAAGAGAGGAUUCACCUUUGAUUAUGCCUAUGACUGGGUUGGCAGACCAAUUCCCACUCCAGUGGGACCUAUGCAUGUAGAAUCUGGACCAUCUGUAGCAAGAGAAACCCAUGCGCAUAGGGAUCGAUCGUCGCUUCAGCCUCACCGAAAUCAGACGACAACAGAACGUAGAGGAGACUGGGACAUUCCAGCAACACGGCAGGCCAAUGCUUUGUUUCUGGCGUCUCACUUGGCUUCAGAACGGCAUGGGGGAUCAGUACAGGUGGUGAGCUCAACCAAUGGUGAGCUGAACAUCGAUGAGCCCACAGGAGCACCAUCCAGUAUACAACUUGCGGCCCGCACUGAGGUGGAAGUAGUGGAGGAAGCUAAGUGCUGCUGCUUCUAUAAGAGGAAACGGAAGAAGUCUUCCCAGCGCCAGAAAUGACAGGUGUCUCCUUGAGGUCUUUGGGGGACUUUGUUUACCUGCUGUUCCUGCCACGUCUUAUUGAAUGGGGCUUCUCUUGGGGAGAGGACAAGAAACAAGGGACUCAUUAAACCAAAAAGAGAGGAGGGAAGAUCCCCAAAUAAACAUUCAGGUGGAUUCCCUAAAUGGUCUCCCUUGCUCACUCCAUGCCUGAGGCUCCUUUUGGAAUCAGGACUGGAUCCUCUCAGGCAUGGGGUUGCCCUCCUUGGAAGGCUGGCUGGCUGGCUACCUUCCACCCUCUCUGUGCAGCCGUUUGGCAAAGGGGAGUUCCUGGUGAACGUUCUUUGUUCCAGCAAGCCCCGUCCCUCUUUUGUUCUCCGUACGCUUCUUUCCUCCCCACUACCAGCAGAGAGGGACUGUAUGGACUGUGGGGGAUGAGGUGGCGGUGGAGAGAGGGUGCGAGCGGGAGAGUGCAGUCCCGCUCUCUCCCAGUGGCUGAGUUUCAGCUGCACGGACAGCUCAACCCGAUCCUUCUCAAUCGCACUCCUGAUGAAUUCCACGGUAGGAAGCCAACAGCGAGAGAAUUGCAAUCUACUCUUCCAGUUGCCUUGAUUUACUGGUUUCUGUGACGUCUCCCCUCUCAGAAUGGUUACACAGAAGUGUCGGUUGUUCUAGAGGAACUUACGUUGUUGCACUUUUAUUUUUUUUAGCAUUAUGUAUGCAUCUGCUGUGUGUGUGUGUGUUCCUUGUGAGUACGAAUGGUGCCAGCUCCUGUCUGAGAGCAAGGCCUCUUGACCUAGCCUCCCCACCCCAUUUGGAACCUCCUGGGCUUCUUAGAUCCACAGUUGGUUGUGCACUGAAGCUUACUUGAAUUUUCAGCUGCCCUUUCUAGCUGUCAGUGAAUACCCCUCUUGUGACUUUUCUCCAUGGUGCCUGACCUAACCUGCUUGGAAUUAGAAGUCUUUCUGCUGGCAGGAGGGAAAGAGAUCAGCUGGCUGAACUCUGGGUAGGUCACGGAUGCAAUUACAGGUGACUGUAAAUGAACAGUGAAAGAAUUAGGCACUUUGUCCAUUUAAAGGGAGCAGUGUGACUUGGGGAGGGGGGCGGAGGGGGAGCUCGCUGCCACUGCCCUGGACUUCAUCUCGAAUCAGACGUUGCAAAGGCUCUUUCAGGACAUGAGCAAAGAGCAUCUGGUUUCCAGCAGUGCAGCCUAUGCAUUGCCUGAUGUUCUUUCACUUGUGCGGUCAGGGCAUUUCAGCAACAUGCUGCAAGGGGUGGACCAUUGCUUUGUUUUUCAGAAGGGAAUUGACCACUCUGUGUUCCCUCCGUCUUGUGCUCCAGAGCAGAUGCUGCAAGUUUCCACAGUACAUCUUUGGAUAUCACUUGAGAAAUUCAAGGAGUUUGUUCCAAGAGACCCAGAUCUCCACAUGUUCAAAAUAAACUGAAAGUGCUUCCCUUUCACAGCUUCUGGGUGUGCCUUCUGAGAUUUUGUAUUCCACUUUCACUAAAGGGCAGCACAGCCCUUGACUUGGAUCAGCAGUGAGUCUGGAGCUUUGGGAAGGGAGGCGAUUCCAUGACUGGCCGUCUGACUUGUCGGGGGACGGGGAGAGUUCCUUGCCUGCAGAAAGACGACUCUGCCUGGGGAGAAGAAACAAGACUGAGUUGGUUCCUGCCUAUCUCAAGCAUUCUUUUCAGAGGCUGUAGGGCUGUUCUCGAUCUAAAAAUCUCACUUGCAUGUAAAGGAAGCCACCGCCAUGGCUUAACUCUGGGCUGCCUUUCUGUCCCCAGUCACUGAGCCAAAACGUAGGUUGGCUUUUUGCCCACGAGCCAUCCUUUCCGUGAGUUUCCUGUUGCUCUUUCCCUUCAUUUGGAUGCAUCUUAGAAGCAUCAUGUCUGCAUUUUCCGUCUUUGAUUUUUCUCCUUUUAUGCUUCCUAAUAACUGGCUCUUUGUUUAAACGUUUCUCGUACCACGUGCUACGUGACCCUUGCUUCCCAGGGGUGACUAGGCCUCGGUUCAGGGAAGAGGCGAUGUGGGCAUCUGUGAAGCAGGAGUCUGGCUCGUAUCGUCUCCUGCGCUGCCGAGUGCAGCUGCACUUGCAUUUUCCUUCUCCCAAUCCCUUUAAGUACUUGGCAGUCCAAUUUAUGGGUGCAGCUCUUGCACUCUACAAAACGGCCCAGUUCUCUCGCACUGAGGAGCAAUUUGGAGCUUGCCAAAGAAAAGGCUACAGCCUGAACGAGGCUGUCUUGGAAAGACAAGGGAGCUCCUCUCCCACCUUCAGAUCCCUCCACGAUCACCUUUAUAUAAAAUUUUUUGAAAACGGUUUAGCUCUUUCCACAUUUUCAUUGCUCAAAAGAUCUAGCUUCUUAGGAAUGAAAAAGUAAAUGUUUAUAUAAAUUCUCCGUAGUAUUUAGAGCCUAAAUAUUUGGUCAAAAUGUAAAAUAUGAGUUAAUAUUUAUUAGCCUGAAUUGAGAACCUGUUUUCCUAUAUAAAUGUUUAUUUUUUCAUUCAUAAAAAGUAACUGAACACUAACUUGAAUCCUCCUUCCUCCCUUUCUGAAUCGUGUUGAUCCUUUUGAGGAAACAAUAAGCUAUCUAUUGGCUGCUUCUUCCCUUCUUCCCUUUUCUAAAGUUACUUGAUUAAAGAGAAGACUAUAGCCAAUUUUCUACUCUGCAGGCUUCCUAUUUCAAAUCUGUGCCAAUCUUAAGCAGGACAAAGCUGGCAUUUUCAUUGAAUUUUUUUGAAACUGUUGGAAAAUGGGACACAAGGUAUAAGGAAGAAUGGCCAAGAUUAAGCAAUUUGCUCCCCCACUUCCUCAGAUAUUAAGGGCCAAAUUAUUUGAGAGGAUUGUCUUUUUUCAGGACUCCUGUUUGAGACCUCCACUAGCUGAUUUCUAAUAUUCUUUGGUUUUGUGGGAACUUGCCACGCUCCUACUAAAAGAUAAAUAUCUCUUAAGUAAUGAUCUGAAGCAGACUUCCCCAAAUGGUGUCCUUCAGGUAUCUGGGAUUACAACUUCUGGCAUUCCUGACCAAUGGCCAUAUUGGCUGGGGUUGAUAGGAGCUGAAGUCCAAAACCUCUGAAGGAUACCAUGUUGGGGAGGGCAGAUUUAGAAGGUGGAGCUUCCAAGUACUUGUUCAAGAUCUCCCCGCUCUUCUGCCCCACUGAAAGGCAGGCGUCUCUGCCUGGAGCAGGAGUUCCAUGUGUUGACGUCUCCACAUUCUUGAAUGUUAAAUGAUCCAUUUCAUGAGCAUGAGCAUGACUUUGCUAGUAACCUUGCCUGCAUUUUUGAGGUGCGAGAAUCAAGUUGCUAAUUUUUAUUGUCUCCCAAAGUAGCUAUUGCAGCCAUAUCAGGGAAAUGUGCUUGCAUCAUUUUGAGAAUCACUGCUGUCAGAAUUGGAAUAUUCCUAACCCCGUGAUUGUUUUAAAAUCUUGCUCCCUUUCAAUGUCCAGCCUUAGUCCUACUUCAAAACAUAGACCAUGAACUAGCUUGCAAAAGUAUUGUUUGCCCCCAGAGACACUUGCUCUUCAAAGGGUCCUUCCCAGUGUCCCUGCAAUCCAAACAUGGCCUGAGCCUUUCCCCUUUCGUGGUUUACAGUAACUUCCAGUGGAGGACAAAUGUACAUUGCGCCUUGAUGAAUGGAAUUCUUAACUGUGGUCUACAAGUCUCUUGAGCUUUUUGUGAGUGGUGUUUCAUUGUGAAAGGCAAACAGAUGCCAUAGUGAGGAUUCCCCUUAUUUGUAUGGAGUCCUGAGACUGUGUUGGAUUGAUGGAAGUGAACUGCCAAAUGUACACAUCCCUAUAGAUAGGAAGCCAUAGUCCCUGUUUUCUCAAAAUGCUACUGAAUUUUCAAGAGGGAACAAAUGACGCCUUUUCUGCGUUGCGAAUCAGGCCUUUGGGAGCACCACCACUUCGCUUGUACAGCCAUCUUUCCAUUAUCGGUUUUGGGCUGCAGUAACAGAGACCCAAGAGAUCCCCCCCUUUUCUCUGUUUUGGUAGGCCCUGAUGUUGGAACCACCUCUAGCAGUUGAAGGGUCUUUAAGAUUGCUGGUGCAAUUUGCUAUGGCAGUUCUCCACGCUGUGUUUUGUGUUACGCAUAUCCCAGGAAGAGGAUGGAAUGGAAAUGAUUUCUCAAACUUCCUUUAGUAUUUUUUACUGUAGAUACAGCGCUGGUGCUGGUGGUGGGAUUUAAGUUGUAUUUGAAUUAUAGGAACCACUGUCCACUGUAUGAAUGCCUGAAGGGGGUAGUUGGGGGAAUCUUCACUUCAGUAUUUAUAUGCAGCAGGCCUUGGUUUUGAGGGCAAACAAUAGACGCUUUUACCAAACUUCUUAUUGUGAAGAAACCUCAGUCUCUGGCCAGGAUGCCCCUCCUCCGCUUAACGGUGCUGUGACAACCUGCACUCGAGCAUCUCACAGCAAUGUCAUUCCACAACGCUGUUGCACCUGUGGGGGUUGUGGUGUCUGGAAGGGACUGGGACGCACUCCCACUACCUGGUCCCUAGUGCCUGCUUCUCAAUUUAUCAUGCCCUCCCAAAGAAGCGGCAGGCACAUGCCAGUCAAUUGCAAGCAGGAAAAAGGCUUUUAGAUGGCCUAUCUCAUCCUUUUAAGACUGUCUCAGGAAAAUGAUCACUUUUUCUAAAUAACUACUUUUCCAAACUGCGUAACUGCUGCAUGGUAUAGGGGCAAUCCUGCAGAGCUUGGAACAAGUUCUCUUUUUGAGAUGGAAAAGCAGCUUGGGAGUGACAGUAUGUCUCUGCAGCAACCAAGCAGAGAGGAGAAUUACCAGUUUGGGCCAUGUGGACCAUACCAAAUAUUGCAGCUUCCCCAAAUGGGAAUUGCAGUUAAGUGGCUUGUUCCCAUUGGAAACCUCGUGGUGUAUAAUUUAUGAUGUGUGUUUCUUUAACGUAGGCCUUUGUGCUUUUAAAAAUGGGAUGAUUGGGACAAUGAGUGCAACUCUUGUUACUGUAAAGAAAAAUCAGCUGUGAAAAUCUUUUUUUAAAGUAUUGUGUGCACAUGUCUGAUCCUUGUUGAGAUGCCUUUUGAUUUUUACUCAUUUUAUUUUGAACAUGUAAUGCAAUGUUUUGCUCGUAUAGGCCUGGCGCUGCUCUUGGGCGCAGCAGUGAACAUGAUAUGUUGCAUUUUUAACAUGAAUGUCCAUUUCAAAUGCAUUUAAAAUGGUUCAACCAGGAUAAGGGCUUACAUGCAUCCCACGUGGGGGCUUCCUCCACUGGCCCUGGCUGGGUUUCCCUUGGCCAGGAAUCGGGUCCUGCUACUGAUCUUUCUGAUGUGCCCUGUUUUAAUGGGACAUUGCAAGAAAUGUCGUGUACCUUCGAUUCUUCCUUUUCCCAAUUUGCACCCUUUUAAUGUAAAAUAAAACAUUCACUUGCUCUGUU